GCUCUCUCUCUACUACCCCAUUUGAUCGUCUACUACCAGAAUCAACUGCCAUAGUGUCAUCGCUGCCGCUUUCCGGCAAACCUCCGCCCUGAAACAUCCCGCCCGAGCGGGGUAUUUUUGAAUUUUUAGAAAUAAUGAUAGCUUAAUCUGCUAAAAAUGGUUUAGCCAGAAAAAAAAAACGCCGCACGUGCGGUGUCAAAUGCCGCCAAGAUAGCACGUAUAAAGGAUCUUUUUUCCUUUUUUCUUUUGAAAUUCCAAAUUCGAAACCCAAAAAACGAAAGGAAAAAAAAGAAAAUAGUUUCGAAAUGGGUUUUUCGGAUUUCCAUCGCUCCGAUAAUGGGUUUCUUGAUCCGUAGCUCCUAAUCUUAAUUGGGUUCUUUUUUAUUUUUCUCGGAAUACUCGAAAUUUUUUUCUGGGUUUUUUUUUCCUCCUGUUUGAAGGCAUGAAUUUGGGAGACCUUAAUAAAGUAUGGGAGAUCAAGGCCUUGAAGAAGCCGGGAGAAGAAGAAGCCAAGAAGAUUCUAGAAAGAAUCGCCAAACAGGUUCAACCCAUUAUGCGUAACCACAAAUGGCGUGUUAAGCUUCUCUCCGAAUUCUGCCCAAACAAUCCGUCUCUUCUGGGACUGAAUGUAGGAGGAGGAGUUCAGGUGAAGCUCAGGCUUCGGAGGCCGAAUCGGGAGUGGGAUUUCUUCCCUUUCGAUCAAAUUCUCGAUACAAUGCUCCACGAGCUUUGUCACAAUGUUCAUGCCCCUCAUAAUGCUAGCUUCUACAAGCUUUGGGAUGAACUUAGAAAGGAAUGUGAGGAGUUGAUGACCAAGGGAAUAACUGGCACGGGGGAGGGGUUUGAUCUUCCUGGGAGGUGUUUGGGUGGAUUUUCCCGGCAACCUCCUCUCUCUUCUCUUCGUGCAACUGCACUUGCUGCAGCAGAAAAGCGAUCCCGUAUGGGAUCUCUUCUACCAUCUGGACCUAAGCGUCUUGGCGGUGAUAGCACUAUUAUGGUUGCCCUUAGUCCUAUACAAGCUGCUGCAAUGGCUGCAGAAAGGAGAUUGCAGGAUGAUCUCUGGUGUGGUUCUGUUUCUGGUGAAGCUGUGGACGAUGGAGAAGGAAGCAUUGAUAAAUCACAUGAUCUUGCACGUAGGGAGCAAGGUGCGGGAACCUCAAAGCUUGGUUAUGAUUCAAGUGUCCUUGCCUCAGAUUCCACGUCACGGAAGAGAAUUCGUGAAUCAAAUAAAUUUUCUUCAGUUCAAUCUCCUAAUGGCCACUUGGGGUCCAAUUUUGUGGAUCUGUCUUGUGAGCCGUCUUCUGGGUCCACGUUUAACUUUGACACCAAACAUAAUAUAGAGGAAUCUGCCAUGUGGGAGUGUGGAACAUGCACUUUGUUGAAUCCGCCAUUGGCUCCAAUUUGCGAGGUCUGCGGCACGCAAACGCCAAGAGAUGUGGGGACCAAGUACAAAUUUUGGUCAUGUAAAUUCUGCACUCUGGAGAAUUGCGUGAAGUUAGAUAAAUGUUCUGCUUGUGGUCAAUGGAGAUACUCACACGGUCCACCAGUGGCAGCCCAAGCACCUAAUAUUGGCACUUGAGAGAUGAAAUGCUAAAAGUAUGUUAGCCUCUGAGCUCCCUACACUUGUAUAAAUAUUUUUAUUUUCUUUUGGCUUAGAACCUUGUGAAUCACCAAAAAGUCUCUGGAACAUAUCUUUCCAGUGAACAUUUUGGUUUGGACAGUGUCAUUUGAGCCCGUACGACAAUCAUACAAACUCUAAUUUGGUAAAGGUGCUAAUGUUGCUAUAUGGGGAUUUUGGGAGCAUCAAUUCAUUGGUUAUAUCA